UAAUUUCCCGGCGUUCAUGUUUUGAUUUUGUGUUUUGGUCGUUUAUUUUGAUUUUUUGAGAGGAUGAACCCCCCGCCAUGCUGUACACUUUACUCGUGGUAGUGGAGUUCGUGGACGAGUUCCUGCUGCGUCCUUUGGCCAGCGUGAUCGAUGCGGUGAUCACCAGUGUGUACUACUUCCUGUGGGGCAGCUACUUCGUCGGCUACUGUUUGGUGGAGGGCAGCAGCCGGGCGUGGAAUCUGGUUCGAUGGAUGGCCAGCGAGAUUCAUCGAGGAUAUGACGAGCUCUGCCUUAUCACACUGGAUGUGACAGACUACUUCUACGGCGGCACCAAAGGCGGCCUAAAAAGUGCCCGGGAUUUUGGCCAAUCCUUGGUGAUGAUCUUAUGCAAUUUGCUCAUAGAACUUGGAAAUAUCACAUUAUGGGUUUUACUGCUGCUACCCAGGAUAGUACUCUGCAUCGUGGAUUACACCCUGGACUUUGUGUUGAACUGCAUUGUGGCACGUGGGUUGAGCCUGCUUAAUAGCGCGUUUCGACUCUCGAUUGGAUUGUCCCUUCUCUUGAUCUUGUACAUGUUCCGGCGUUAUGUUUACCUGCUGCUCAUCUACCUGCUCCAGCAAGCCCGCACCGAAAUCUCAAUCAAGACGCAAAGAGUUUAUCUUUGGACAGAUCAACAGCUGAAGCGUUUCAUGCAAAAUAUAAGAAACGAUCCUGGAAACGCAGGAUCUCCAAAUCGCGGCGGUUGUGUGGUGUGCAUGGAGCGCAGUAGGAACAUCGUGAUCAUGCCAUGUCGUCAUCUUUGUCUCUGCAAGGAGUGCUCGCAGCAGCUGCUGCUCCACUUGGAGAAUCGCUGUCCUGUUUGCCGGAACGAUAUCAUAUCAUUUCUGCCGGUCUACAUUUGAUACUGUCUAUUUUUGUAAAUUUUUUAAGCCUAGCAUUAAUGUAAAUAAGACUGCCAAUUGGAAAUAAGCUUUUAAGUCCUACUUUUCUAAAAAGGAACACAACCAAAUGCCUUUGGUUGGAACAACAGUUUAUGACAAAACAACCUAGAUAUAAAAAAAAAACACAAAUUAUAAAAACAAAAAAUAAAAACUCCCAACAAUAUCCAAAAAUAACGUUCGAAUCUAAAUUGUUUUAUGUAUUUAUUUCAAACCAAUGAAAAUAUACGAUUUGUUUUGUAUACAUUUAUGUAAAUACGGUUUGGUUUUUCGUAUAACUAAUUUGCUCAAAAGACAGAUAUAGAAAAAACGUUUGUUUUGGGCUUAUAUCUUUAUUUAAUUUAAAUGUAAAUUUAAAUUUAAAUCGAAAUGAAAUGAUUCGCUUUGCUUGGUAUAGUAUUGCAGAUUUAAUUGAAUUGCAAGUUAUGUAUAUGUUUUUUCUUCAUAACACUCAUAUGCGUACUGUUUUGGAUACUUAACUGGUAAAUGAAACGAUCAAAUAAGAGUAAAAUUACACAACGGGCUAUAUAGCAUCGGUACUUAUCUAGCAGAUAGAUAUAUGUUAUAGCGUCUUUAGGUUUCACCUCUUCUCUUCUGUUCAUCGCUAGUAGUAGGCGCAUAAUUGGUUAUAUAGCUUAAGUUAUCUGUUGUGUGGUUGGGUGAAUUGGAGAUAUAGCGUCUGUUGCACCAAUAGACGCGAUCUAUUACGAAUAACAUUAUCUUUCGAAAAAACGUCUAGUUAUGCUAUAUAAAUUUAAUUUGUGCCAAUUUCUUUUGCUCUUCUCAUUUUUUAUUUUGUUGUAUAAAGCUUUAUGCGCUGCUUCUAGCUUAAUUCUAUCCGUUACAUAGUAAAAUAUAUAUUAACGUGUAUAUAUCUUUUUAUAGCAAUAUUAAAAAGUUCUCAUUUAAAAUCGUUUCAUCGAAAAAUUUCACGUUUUACGGCAUUUGUUUCAUUUUGUAACUGUAUCUCAAAAAUAUGAAUCCACACUUGACAUUCACGUAGUAUAUAUGUAUGCAUUUAUAAAAUUACAAAAGAACAAUAAACCAAAAUAUAUAUGUAUAUGCUCGCUCCGGUAUGGCCAUAUCCAGCUAUAUAGCUAUAGCUUUUGUGCCAGAAGUACAUAACUUGUAAAAGUUGUCGCUCUAUUCAAAAUAUAUAUACUCGUAUGUGUAAAUAUGCAUGUACAUAGGUUUGAUGUUUCCAUGUUGUGUAGGUACAAAGUAGGUUCCUAUAGCUAGAUAAAUCUUUAUAAUAUUCAUAUUCAUGUGCAUGAUUGAUAUCCAAUGUAUACAUUGUUGUAACGGCUAAAAAUGGCAUCGCUUUGAGGGUUUCGAACCCGAACCUAUCUAACAUCUCGUUUCAAACACUGUUUUGGUCACCUAACUGUUCCUGUUUAAUCCUGUUUUAUUAUCGCUCCCAACCGUUACAAGUUCAGGUUUAGUUUAGCUAUAUUUGUAGUUAAUUAGGGGUGCAUUUUCUUAUGAAAUAUUGCUCUAUGGUUUCUAAACUUCUCAACUCCCUUAGGAUGUAUGUUUGAUGUGGGUGGAAUCAAUUUAAAUGGGUCCUUUUUCGUUUUUUUUUAUAGAAUAAUUUCCAAAGUCCCAUUUAAUUUAACUCAACCCAAUUUGUUAAUAGCUUCAGCUUAGCCGCAUGCAGAUCAUGGUUUUAACUUAGUUUAGCUUGGCCUAAGUUCUUCUUAAAGAUGGUACAAAAUCUAGUUCUCAAACAUUUCAUGUGCUACAUGUACAAUAAUUUAUUAAUGAUCUAUCUAAAUUGUAUAGGUAAUGCGAAUUUAUUAAACACCUCAUCCGAUAUUUUUAAUAGAUUUAGUAACACUUGGGUUUCGGUUCUACUUGUUCCGUGCACUCGAAAGCUUGAAGAGAUAUGUUAUUCACAUUGGUUUUUGCGUGUUUUUGCUUUUUAGUUUACAUUUAGUUAUAGAAGUCUUGAAUUUUACACAUAGAAAAUGUCUUUCGUUAAUACAAACGUUAAUUGGAAAGUUGCUAAAGGCUGUACUUUGAAAAUUCCUCAUAACAUACAUUUGAAAUAUUUGCUAUCUAACGAUCUUUUUAUUUCUUACUUCUUGUUAUCAAAGAAAAGUGGUACGUAUAAAAUAAACCAUACAAAAGUUAGAC